UUGGCUGAUUCAUAAACGCAGUUCUAACGGCACCAACAUUCAAACUAGCAUUCUCGACUGGUUGUGGAGGAGGAUACGGGCGUCUGUUGAUUCAGAAUUGUACUAUAUUUUGCCAGGUUGUGAUAGUAGGCAUCGGUUUGGUUUAAAACAAGAUUCCGGUGUGAAUAUGGAAGGGGGCUCUGCUGAUGCAUACACAUGGGAUGCCCCUUCUCAUGUUAUAGAGUCUAUAGAUGAAUUUGCCCUGGACCCUCAGGAUAAUGCUGACCAGUGGUUUGAGUUGAAGGCAACUCCUAAAGGCGGCACGGUGGAACAGCUCACCACCCCUUUACAGACAAAAUUUUUUAAUGAAACCCACAAUACCAACAGACCCAAAGCUCUAGUGUCUCCCAUGGUCAAAAAAGAUGAGACAACAAGCUCAGAUGUCAGAGAAAGCACCUCUACGGAGGUCCCAUCUAAUAUAGUCACAUCAUGGGCAAACGGCAGAACUACUUCAGCUCCUGGUCAGGGCCAGAAUUCUGUUCCUGCUCAACCACGGAGAGUGUCCAAACGGCCUGUACCUAGAGAUGAAAAGCCUACAGCUCCUACAACACCUCCUCUUGUCAAGAAAAGAAGAGUUGUACCGGCUGCCACAGCAUGGAGAGUUUUUGAUCAGCGGCGAAGAAGCUCAACUUCCAGAACUGUGCGACGCAGCGGUGCUGGUGUGCGACGCAGCGGUGCUGGUGUGCGACGCAGCGGUGCUGGUGCGAGGAGCAGUGUCCGGCUGAGAAACAAACCAGCCAUUGCCUCAAAGACCGCAGACACUGCCUCUGCCUCCAACACUACACAACAGAAAAGCACAGAACAGCAAGAGCUGGAGCGCAUCGAGGCUCUACAAAAAGAGGUGGCGGAACAGCGGCGUAGGAAUGAGGCGAGCUACAGGGCUGCUCUGGCAGGCAGUCAGCUUCCUAAGAGGCAUGUGCUGUCCACCACCAUUCCCAAAGAAUUCAACUUCCGCUCAGAUAGCAGGCUAAAGAACCACACUGAUGGAGGCUCUGCAGUCGACAACUCGUACAGGGAGGUGGAUUUCACCUCUCAGCUCCGCAAGCACCCAUCUUCCCCUUUGAAGGCUCCAAAGGGAACAACCAUUCCUAAACCCUUCAACCUCUCCAGAGGAAAGAGGAAGCUUGAUGAGGCAGGAGCCUACAUGCCAAUGGCCCAGCAGAUUGAACAGUUUCAGAAACGCACUCCCAUCCGCUAUCACCUGCGUAGUCGGCAGAGCCAGGAAAGAGGACCUUCACCAGUGAAGGCUGAGAAGCCAAAAAUCACACAUCCCAAAACGCCACAGCUACUGACUCGCCAGAGACAUCGUCCCACAAUGGUGAAAAGCACUGCGGAAAUUGAGGCAGAAGAAACAGAAAAAAAUCAGCAGUUUAAGUUCAAAGCUCUAGAACUCAACAGAAAGAUUCUAGAAGGAGCUUUGGUUUUUAAAAAGCCGGCUAGUAAAGCAGUUACCAAGCCUGAGGGCUUCCAGCUGGAGAUUGAGAAGCGACUUCAGGAGAGGCAGGCCAGUAAGAAGCCUGAGGAAGAAGAGGACCACACGUUCCAUCCCAGACCUCUACCAACUCGAAUUCUGGAGGAAGUUGUGGGUGUCCCAGAGAAGAAAGUUCUAAAUCCAACUGUUCCAGAAUCACCUGCAUUUGCUCUUAAAAACCGUGUGCGAAUGGAAAAGAAAAAAGAAGAGGAGAAGCCUCCUGCUCCAAUUAAGGCACAUGCUGUGCCCCACUUCCUGCCCUUUCAGCCCAAACUACCAGUCAAGAGCCAGGUAGAAAUGUGCCCUUUCUCAUUCGAGGAACGUGAACAUGAACGAAGAGUAAUGAAGGAGAAGAAACUGGAGGAAAUGAGAAAUGAAGAGGUACCCAAGUUUAAGGCCCAACCCCUUCCUGACUUCCAUGAAGUGCACCUCCCUGAGAAAAAGGUAGUAGAGCCCACCAAACCUGCUCCUUUCAAGCUGAUGGUUGACGAACGAGGAGCUGCAAAGGGUGAACGCUGGGAGCAGAUGAUGAAAGAGGAGUUGAAACGACAGGCUGAAGCCGCAUGUUUUAAGGCACAACCAAACAAUGUAUCUCACAAAGAACCAUUUGUACCGAAAAAGGAGACUCGCUCCAUCUUGGCCAAUACUACUAAUUCUGCAGUUCCAGAGGCAUUCCAGUUGGCCACAGAACGGAGAGCCAAGGAACGAAUGGAGUUCGAAAAGGAGUUGAGCGAGAAGGAGGCGCUGAAGGCUCACAUGGAAGAGGAGUGGCUAAGAGAACGAGAGGAGCAGGAAAAGGAGGGGAUUGCAAGGCUGCGACACGAACAGGUGCGCAAGGCCCAGCCAAUCAGACGCUAUAAGCCAGUGGAGUUGAAAAAGAGUGAAGUGUCUCUCACAGUGCCCCAAUCUCCAAACUUUUCAGAUCGUUUCCGCUUGUAAAUGUGUAAUGCACCGUUACAUUGACUUAAUUGUACAAAGUUCUCAAUGUGUUUUGCUGUUGUCUUUUUAUAUCUCUCUAUCUGUCUGUGGCUGAUGCAUUUAAGCCUUUGUGGUUGAGUAAAACAAUUUUACAGUUGGGUGUGGCGACUGCCCCAGCUAAAUUUCUCUUUUUAAACUCCUGUAUAUGAAGUCAUUUUUUUCUGUUCUCCUUUUUUGACUGUUUUCUUCCAUUUUUUACAAUAAAGAAACUUCGUAUAAA